AUGCUUCCCGAAAAGUACAAGGUUCUUUUGAUUUUUAUUCUCUUUACUCUCAAUAAUGGAUUCGCGUGGCUUAUGUUUGAUCCUGUUGCCGGUUGGCUUGAAGAGAAUGUCAAGGGAAUGUCAGUGAACCAGUUGCAAAUACUCUCUUCUUGGCAACCGUUGGUGUUUCUUGUUAUGUUUCUUCCAGUAAUGAAGAUGGUAACAAAACCAAAUGGCCUUCGAAAGGCUGUUCGUCUUGGAGCUUCUUGUGAAAUAAUUGGUGCCAUUUUCAAAUUGAUUGGUGCGAGUGCGCGCAGUACAUGGGCGGGUGUCGUUUUUCUUCACAUAGGCCAAAUUUUCAGUGGAGUGGGAUCACCGGUAGCAACAGGGUGUGUUUCUGCACUGUCGGCUAUAUGGUUUAAUUAUGAUGAAAGAACUAGAGCUACAGCUGCGGCCGUGAUGUCAAAUAGUGUUGGAAAUUCACUUUGCUAUAUAUUUGUUCCCGCUUUGACAGAGAGUGCUACAUUUGUUUCUGUUACAGUUUAUGAAGUUAUUAUGGCUUUAAUCGCUGUGGCUCUUGUGUGGAUGGUGUUCCCGUCGGAAGAGGCUAGCUCUGUUACGGUGGUUAGUCCUGAGGCCCUGACAUCUGAAUCUCCUUCUGAAGAAAGAAAGAGUCUGCGAAAACAACUCCGUGAACUUCUUAGUAUACCAUCAGCAGUUUACCUUCUGUUAAUAUAUUCAUGGUCAAGUGGUGGAUUUUCCGCAUGGAUUUCUCUUUUUGAUGCCACAUACCAUAAAUUUUUCUCUGAGAGUUUUAUUGGAGUAAUGAGCUUUUCAGGAAUGCUGGCCUAUGUUUGUGGAGGUUUAGUUUCAUCAUAUCUUACCGAUCUUUACUUCAGUCGUCAAAUGAAAUAUGUGAUAUUUUUCUGUAUAACGUGCAACUCUGUUAGUAAUCUCAUCUUUGUUGCCUCCGCACCAAAUAAUGAAGGUUACUCCUUGUGGACACUUGGAAGAGUUUGGAUUGCAGCAGUUACGGCGUUGUGCGGAUUUUGGAAUGGAGCUGCGGCCCCAUUAUUUUAUGAACUUAUUGCAGAAAUAUCAUUUCCGGUGGAUGAGGGUGUGAGCGGAAUUGCCAUCUCCGUCUGUGAGAAUCUCGGCGCGCUCAUCUUUUAUCAAGUCGUAUCCCGUUAUUACACGCAGGAGUCAAUGUGCAUUGCGUACUCCUUCGGCAUGACAAUUUCAGUGGCCCUCGCAGCAGCCGUGCGGCAGAGGUACAAUAGAUCCUACCAUGCAUAUAUCAAGGCACAUGAACAACCCACUACAGUAGUGGCUCUGGAGUCUGUUUCCAGUGUACCAUCAUAG